UUGUUUCUUUCUUUCUUUCUAACUUCCUUCCUAUAUUUCUUUCUUUCUUUCUUUCUUUCUUUUUGCGUUUCUUUCUUUCUUUAUUUCGUCAUUUCCUUCUUUAUUUCUUUCUUGCUUUCCUUCGUCAUUUCCUUCUUUCUUCCUUUCUUUCUUUCUUCCUUUCAUUCUUUCUUUCUUCCUUCCUUCCUGACUUGCUUCCUUUCUUUCUUUCUUUUUUGGUUGUUUCUUUCUUUGUUUCUUUCUAUCUUUCUUUCUCUCUUUCUUUCUUUCUUUCUCUCUUUCUUUCUUUCUUUCUCUCUUUCUUUCUUUCUUUCUUUCUCUCUUUCUUCCUUCCUUCCUUCCUUCCUUUCUUUCUUUCUUUAUUCCUUCCUUCCUUCCUUUCUUUCAUUCUUUUUUCAUUCUUUUGUCUCUUCCUUCCUUCCUUCCCUCCUUCCUUCCUUCCUUCCUAUCUUUCUUUCUUUCUUUUGUUUCUUUCUUUCUUUAUUCCUUUCUUCCUUCUUUUCCUUUCUUUCUUUCUUUUUUGUUUCUUUCAUCCUUCCUUCCUUCUGUCCUUCCUUUCUUUCUUCCUUUCUUCCUUGCUUCCUAACUUCCUUCAUUUCAUUCUUUCUUUCUUUCUUCCUUCCUUUCUUUCUUUCUCUCUUUCUUCCUAACUUUUUUCUUUCUUUUUUGUUUCUUUCUUUCUUUCUUCUUUCCUUUCUUUCUUUCUUCCUUCCUUUCUUUCUUUCUUCCUUCCUUCAUUCCUUGCCUCCUUCCUUCCUUCCUUCCUUCCUUCCUUCCUUUCUUUCUUUCUUUUUUCUUUCUUUCUUCCUUCCUUUCUUUCUUUCUUCCUUCCUUUCUUUCUUUCUUCCUUCCUUCAUUCCUUGCCUCCUUCUUUCCUUCCUUCCUUUCUUCCUUCCUUCCUUUCUUUCUUUCUUUUUUCUUUCUUUCUUCCUUUCUUUCUCCCUUCAUUCCUUCCUUUCUUUCUUUUUUCUUUCUUUCUUCCUUUCUUUCUCCCUUCCUUCCUUCCUUCCUUCCUUUCUUUCUUUCAUUCUUUCUUUCUUUCUUUCUGUCUUCCUUCCUAUCUUUCUUUCUUUAUUUAUUUAUUUCUUUCUAUCUUUCUUCCUUUCUUCCUUCCUGACUCCCUUUUUUUUCUUUCUUUCUUUCUUUCUUUUUUGUUUGUUUGUUUAUUUAUUUAUUUCUUUUUGGUUUGUUUGUUUCUUUCUUUCUUUCUUCCUUUCUAUCUUUCUUUCUUUCUCUCUUUCUUCCUUCCUUCCUUCCUUCCUUUCUUUCUUUCUUUCUUUCUCUCUUACUUUCUUUCUUCCUUCCUUCCUUCCCUCCUUCCUUCCUUGCCUCCUUCAUUUCUUUCUUUCUUUCUUUCUUUUGUUCCUUCCUUCCUAUCUUUCUUUCUUUCUUUCUUCCUUCCCUCUUUCUUUCUUUCUUCCUUUCUUUCUUUCUUUCUUUCUUCCUUCCUAUCUUUCUUUCUUUCUUUUCUUCUUUUUUGUUUGUUUGUUUCUUUUUUGUUUGUUUCUUUCUUUUUUCUUUCUUACUUCCUUCCUUCCUUCCUUACUAUCUUACUUUCUUUCUUCCUACCUUCCUUCCUUCCUUCUUUCCUUUCUUCCUUCCUUCCCUCGUUCCUUCCUUCCUUCCUUCCUUUCUUUCUUUCUUUCUUCCCUCGUUCCUUCCUUCCUUCCUUCCUUUCUUUCUUUCUUCCUUCCUUCCCUCGUUCCUUCCUUCCUUUCUUCCUUGCUUCCUAAAUUCCUUCAUUUCAUUCUUUCUUCCUUCCUUUCUUUUUUUCUUUGUUUCUUUCUUUCUCCCUUCCUAACUUCCUUUCUUUCUUUUUUUGUUUGUUUGUUUCUUUCUUUUUUUUUUCUUUCUUUUUUCUUUCUUUCUUUCUUUCUUUCUUUCUACCUUCCUAUCUUUCUUUCUUUCUUCCUUUUUUCCUUCCUUCCGUUCUUUCUUUCUUUCUUUCUUUUUUUCUUUCUUUUUUUGUUUGUUUUUUUGUUUCUUUCUAACUUCCUUCCUAUGUUUCUUUCUUUCUUUCUUUCUUUCUUUCUUCCUUCCUUCCUGACUUCCUUUUUUUCUUUCUUUCUUUUUUGUUUGUUUGUUUCUUUCUUUCUUUUUUGUUUUUUUUCUUUCUUUCUUUCUUUCCUUCUUCCUUCCUAUCUUUCUUUCUUUCUCUCUUUCUUUCUUCCUUCCUUCCUUCCUUCCUUCCUUUCUCCCUUUCUUUCUUCCUUCCUUCCUUCCCUCUUUCCUUCUUCCUUUCUUUCUUUCUUUGUUUUCUUUCUUUCUUCCUUCCUUCCUAUCUUUCUUUUUUUCUUCCUUUCUUUCUUUCUUUUUCCUUCCUCCUUCUUUUCUUUUCCUUCCUUCCUUCCUCCUUUCUUUUCCUUCUUUCUUCCUUCCUUCCUUCCUUCCUAUCUUUCUUUCUUUCUUUCUUUUUUUUUUUUUUUUCUUUUCUUCCUUCCUUCCUUCCUUCCUUCCUGCCAUCCUUCCCUUUCUUUUCUUUCUUUCUUUCUUAGUACAGAUAGUUUUCAAAAUGCAAACUCUUCCCAAUAUUUAAAGGCAUUGAAUAUUUUCUGUUAA